AUGCAAAAUGAUGUGAUAGUAACAAAUUCUAAUUCCCAUGAUAAUGCAACAAAAUCUGAAAUCAUUUCAAUAGCUCGUAAGAAAGAUUUAAAUUCAAAUGAAAAAAGGUUAGAAUUAGAAAAAGCAACAUUAAUGGAACCGAACAGUUCUUUGGUUUGGCUAAAUCUUUUAGCAUUUGAUAUCGAAAGUGGUGAAAUAGAGAGAGCAAGAGAAGUUGGAGUGAGAGCUAUAAAAACCAUUUCAUACAGAGAAGAAAAAGAGAAGUUAAAUGUUUGGAUGGGUUGUAUAAACAUGGAGUAUCAGUAUGGAUGUGAAGAAAGCUUGAAAGAGAUAACCGACUCUGCUCUUAAAUGUUGUGAUCCAUACAAGAUAUAUUGCCACGUUCGAGAUAUGUAUAGUGCAGAUCAGAAAGUUGAUAAAGCUGAAGAAGUUUGUAAAAUUUUAUUGAAGAAAUAUAAGACAAACCCCGAUGUUUGGGUUUCUUACGGACAAAUACUCUUUAAAUUUAACAGGUUAGACCAGGCCAGAUUGAUUAUGAUGGAUAGUUUGGAUAGACUGGAUAAGAAACAUUAUAUUGAACUAGUUACAAAGUAUGCUCUUUUGGAAUCUAAAUAUGGUAAUCCAGAAAAUGCUGAAACCCUCCUUGAAAGUUUAGUUACAGGUCAUCCAAAAAGAACUGAUGUUUGGUCUAUGUACAUUGAUCUCUGUGUGAAACAAGGUAGAAUAGAACAGGCACGAAGUUUACUGCAGAGAUGUACUAAAUUGUCGCUACCAACAAAAAAAGUUAAAUUCCUGGUGAAGAAAUUCUUAAAUUUCGAGUUAAUGCAUGGCACCGAAGCAGCAGUUGAGGAAGUGAAAGAAAUGUCGAAAUCGCUCAUUACAGAUGAACUAACUGAUGACUAA